AUGACCACUAGCGUCGAGGCUCCCAACAACGUGGAGCAGAAGCCCACGCGGGGCGGACCUCCAUCUGUAUACUUUCCGCUUGGUUAUAAGGAUGCUGCCUAUCAAUGGUGGACAAGCGUUACUCCCACCCUCGCAGAACGCAAUGUCAUCUCCCUCGUCCCGUACCUCAAAGAAACCGUAGACAGCCUCACCAGCGUCGCCACCACAACCACCACCACAGACAAACCCGACCCCUUCGGAACCAGAAUAUGGCGCCGCUCACUCGUCCAACUCUCUGGCAAGAACCGCGCCCUCAACGAAAUCUGCAUCGAGCGCCAGGGCGAAGAUGUCGAGGACACGCUCGUCAUGGUUCACGGCUACGGCGCCGGCCUAGGCUUCUUCUACAAGAACUUUGAGCCCAUCACCCGCAUCCCCGGCUUGAAGCUCUACGCCCUCGACAUGCUCGGCAUGGGCAACUCGUCGCGGCCGCCGUUCAAAAUCCACGCCCGGGACAAGGAGGAGAAGGUCAAGGAAGCAGAAGACUGGUUCAUCGACGCCCUCGAAGAGUGGCGCAAGGCCCGCAAGAUCGAACGCUUCACCCUCCUCGGCCACUCUCUAGGCGGCUACCUCGCCGUCUCCUACGCCAUCAAAUACCCCGGCCACCUGAAGAAGCUCAUCCUCGCAUCACCAGUCGGCAUCCCCGAGGAUCCCUACGCCGUCAACGCCAAACUCCCCGAACCCGAAGAGUCCACGCUCCCCAACGAAUUCACCCAGGACCAGCAACAAACCACCACCACAGCCGCCAACCCACCGCCCAAUGCCCCCAAGCGGCCCCUACCAAACUGGCUCGUCUGGCUCUGGGACGCCAACAUCUCCCCCUUCAGCAUCGUCCGCAUGGCCGGCCCCUUUGGCCCUCGCUUCGUAUCUGGCUGGAGCUCCCGCCGCUUCAACCACCUUCCCCCCGCGGAAGCCCAAGCCCUCCACGACUACUCCUUCUCCAUCUUCAAGCAAAAGGGUAGCGGCGAAUACGCCCUCGCCUACAUCCUCGCCCCCGGCGCAUACGCCCGCCGCCCCGUCAUCAACCGCAUCCACCAAGUCGGUCGCCAGCCUUAUUCCCAAGAAGACGGCAAGACUCUCAAAGAGACCGGCAUCCCCAUGGUCUUCAUGUACGGCGAAAACGACUGGAUGGACGUGGCGGGUGGUCUCGCAGCAGAGGAGAAACUCAAGGAGGCGAAAGUCCAGGCCCUUCUUCACGGGACAGACGACGAGAAGCGCAAUGAGAAUGGAAGUGUGAGGGUCGUGGUUAUUCCCAAGGCUGGGCAUCACUUGUAUCUUGAUAAUCCGGAGGACUUUAAUGAUGUGUUGACCAAGGAGUUAAAGGAGACGAUGGCCGCUGAGAAGAAGCGGGCUUUGCUGUAG